CUCAUCGGGAGCGGCACCUACGGCCACGUGCGGCGGGCGACGUGGCGUGGCACGCCAGUGGCCGUCAAGCAGCUCAACCGCAACCUCAUCGGCGAGGCGCAGCUGCGCGCCUUCAAGCGCGAGUGCGAGCUGCAGCUCAACUUGCGCCACCCGAACAUCGUGCAGCUGCUCGGCGGCUCAUGGGACAUCGGUGACGCCGCCGUCUUCCUCGUGCUCGAGUACUGCGCGCAGGGCACGCUCGCGGCGCGGCUCAAAGACCGCGCCACCCGCGAGGCGAUGCCGACCGAGCUGCGCCGCCGGGUCGCCGUCGGCAUCGCGCGGGGCAUGCAGUACCUGCACUCGCAGGCCCCGCCGAUCGCGCACCGCGACCUGAAGCCCGACAACGUGCUCCUCGACGCCAGCCUCGCGCCAAAGAUCGCCGACUUUGGCGUCUCG